GCGGCCGGAAGUAAACAUCAUGUGACGUCGCAGAUCAGCUGAUCCUCCGUAGACAUCUUUGCGAGUCACGACCGCACGAAUUAAUUCAUACCUCUUCCUCUGUGAUUUUCGGGCCCGCACGGAUCUUUAACAGCUGACACCAUGGCGCUCAGCGAUGCCGACGUCCAGAAGCAGAUCAAGCACAUGAUGGCCUUCAUUGAACAGGAGGCCAAUGAGAAAGCAGAGGAAAUUGAUGCAAAGGCAGAAGAAGAGUUCAACAUCGAGAAAGGCCGGCUGGUCCAGACUCAGAGGCUGAAGAUAAUGGAGUACUACGAGAAGAAGGAGAAGCAGAUCGAGCAGCAGAAGAAAAUUCAAAUGUCAAACCUGAUGAACCAGGCUCGUCUGAAGGUGUUGAAGGCCCGGGAUGACAUGAUCUCGGAAAUGCUGAGCGAGGCUCGCCAGCGACUCGGUCACGUUGCAAAAGAUCCAGCCAGGUAUCCGGCUCUGAUGGACGGAUUGAUCUUACAGGGAUUAUAUCAGCUUCUGGAGCCCAAAGUGACUAUUCGCUGCCGUAAACAGGACAUUCAGGUGGUUCAGGCAUCCAUCCAGAGGAAUAUUCCUAUAUAUAAAGCAGCCGUGAAGAGCAACAUCGAGGUCCGCAUCGACCAGGAUAACUUCAUCGCCCCUGAUGUCUCUGGAGGUGUUGAGACCUAUAACGGAAACGGGAAGAUCAAGGUGGCCAACACCCUGGAGAGCAGACUGGACCUCAUGGCUCAGCAGAUGAUGCCGGAAAUCCGAGUGGCUCUCUUCGGUGCCAACCCAAACCGCAAGUUCCUGGACUAAAUAUCUCCGCUGUAUUAAAGAAAAAAUGUCCUUUUUAUUUUUUAUUUUGUCACAUGAAAAGUCAUUCCUCUGUCUGUGAAACGAACUUCCGAUGCAAAAGAGACGCGUUGUUGUUGUGUGAUGUGUUGCUGUAUUUUUUCUGUGCAUCAAGGGACGUGUUAGACGCUGUGGCUCAACGUUACAGAUGUGCAUUGUGGGUACUGCACAGUUGUUUACUCUGCUGCUCCCCUUCAAGGGGUCUCGGUUUACACCGAUUAGUCAGGGACAACGUGAUCUGGUGAUUGGCUGGAUGUUUAACAGGUUGUCCUCCUAAUUGAAUCAUGACAAACACAGCAUCCGUGUCACAGUUUCAUUAACUCUACCCCACAUUAUAAGUUGCAUGGGGCAUUGUGUUGCUAAUGGAUGUCCGCUCCAACCAAUUACAGAGAAAAUAAAUGGUAUCCUUAGAAACAGAAUUGUGGGCCGUACAUGACCUUACAGAGUUAAUUUAUUGAUGUGCGUUAUUCUGUCAUGAAUUAAACGAGUGGGUGAUAUCAUUCCAGAGGGUGAACUGUAUGUAUAUGAGGUUUCCAGAUUAAAUUAUACGUAUGUGUGUUUUGUUUUGUGUUCUAUACUUUAUUUUUUUCGUUUGUGUCUCAAACUGAUGAAAUGUGAUGUUGUGGAAAUGUAAAACAUAAUAAAAUAUAAAUCAUUA